AUGGUACAGCAAGCCCUGAGGUGUAGGCAGAGGCAUCUGUCUGAUGGGGGAAACAGAACCCUUCUGGGUGUUCUCUGCUGGAACUAUCAUCCCCCCCUACAUGCUCACACCUCCAUCGCCAUCCUGCUGCCAUUAGUCUCUCAUCACAAGCGCUUCAUCUCUGAAACUCCUCUCCACUCAUCCUCAGGAGAGGAGGCCAUUAUAACUGGUCUGCUCCCAGAGACCACCUACUCUGUGACUGUUGCUGCUUAUACCACCAAGGGCGAUGGGGCUCGCAGCAAAGCCAAGGUGGUCACAACCUCAGGAGCAGUGCCUGGUAAGCCCACUAUGAUGAUCAGCACCACCAUAGGGAAUACUGCCCUGAUUCAGUGGCAGCCCCCUAAAGAGAUGGUGGGGGAGCAUGUAGGAUACCAGCUGCAGUACAAGAGAGCAGAGGAGGAAGCUUUCAUUAUCAAAGACUUCAGACAGACAGAUGAUCAUUUCACAGUCACCGGUCUCCACAAGGGCGCCACCUACAUCUUCAAACUGUGCGCCAAAAACCGAGCAGGCAACGGAGAAGAGUAUGUGAAAGAGAUAAGCACUCCAGAAGACAUUCCCAGCAGCUACCCCCAGAAUCUGAGUGUGGAAGGCCUGACCGCCACCUCCACCAAGCUGGCCUGGGACCCCCCUCCUCUGGCCGAGAGGAACGGGAAGAUUGUCAAGUAUGUGGUGGUGUUUCGAGAUAUCAAUAACCAGCACAACAACACCAACAGUACCACAGAAACACACAUGACCAUCCAAGGUUUGCAACCUGACACUACCUACGACAUCAGGGUCCAAGCUUUCACCAGCAAAGGGGGAGGACCCAUCAGCCCCAGCAUUCAGAGUAGAACCAUGUCCACCUCCAUGCCAGACCUUCCUUCAGUUUUCACCAAGAACUUUGGUGUGAAGGCUGUGAUGAAAACUUCUGUCCUGCUGACCUGGGAAGUUCCAGAAACCUACAAAUCUCAAGUACCUCUCAAGAUCCUGUACAACCAGCAGAGUGUGGAGGUUCAAGGCAACCUGAAGAGGAAGUUGAUCACACAGCUGCAGCCAGAUACUGAUUAUUCCUUCGUGCUGAUGAGCCGGGGGAACAGUGCCGGGGGCCUCCAGCAGCAGGUUUCCAUCCGAACAGCUCCAGACCUUCUGAAGAUGAAACCAGCUCGAUUACAACACGAUGUGGAGGAGGGUGGUAAAGUGACCAUCAGUCUGCCCAGGGUCCCUGCUGGAGCCUCCAUCAGGUGGUUCUACAUAGUGGUUGUCCCUGUCACUCCGGCUUCUCUGAGAAGAUGGGAGAAUCCUGAAGACAUGGAUGUGUAUGAGCUCCUGGAGGCUGGUGCUGACAGCAGUCUGCAGAGAAAGAAGAGACAGAGCCAGGAUUUCAUGCAGCCCUACAUCGCUGCCAAGAUGGAUGCUCUGCCUGAGAUCUUUACUCUGGGUGAUGAGAAGAAAUACAACGGAUACUACAACAAACCCCUCCCUGGCCAGCAGCAGUAUCGCUGCUUUGUUCUAGCUGACCUGGUGGACCACGAGUCUCUUUCACUCAGAGGAGCUGCAGAUGGAGCUGGAGCUGCUGGAGCCUUGUUGAGCCAGAGCCCCAUCAAGCUUACAGGAAUAUUUAGUCUCAUUCGCUUACACAGUCCAACUUGCUGCACUUGUCUCACAGAACAUAAAGUGACAAGUUGAACAGUUACUUAGACUGAGUUACGCCUUGUAAAUUGGUCCAUGUAGCUCUCAUUUAAUGUUUAUUAUGUUGCCAAUAUCCAACUGCUUACAGAUCUGCACUGCAGCUAACUAAUCAGGAUGGAUAGAUUUUUCAUGGACCCUUUUCAUCUAGAGUUUUAAAAGAAAAGAGCCCUUACUCCAACACAUGUAGUACUUAUCUACAUUUGUUGACUGCCAGCUGUUUUAUGGUGUUAAAAGGGGCAUUCUACAUGUCACAAUCAGUUUAUGACAACAAUGGUUUUUUUUGUGGCUCUGAAGGUGUCUGUCAAGUUUGUGACAUCACUUCCUAAUAGAGUAGUCUAUUUUGCCACGUUGUGGUUUAAGUAUGCAAAUGCUGUUAACGGAAUUGUAUUCCUGACCGCGCUGUAACCUGUGAGUAUUGUUGUACUUCCUGUGGUCGCUA